CUGUCAAGAGAAUGCCAUCAUCUGUGGCUAUCAUAAACAUAACCUCAAUUGUUAAUUCUUCAAUUUUAAUUAAUAAUUUCAAUUUUCAAUUUAUCAAUCGAUUUGUAAAUGAAAUGUGAGAUCCUAUGAUAAAAUAUGCGAAGAAUGUAGUAAUAUUGCACCUAAUCGUUGCAUUACAUUACAAAGUUAAGAAAAAAAUACCGUAACUAAGUAAUACAAAAUGAACGUUAACCGAUUAAGAAAUCUUCUAAGAGCAAGACCUACUUUAUUCUCAGUAAGAUGGAAUAACUCAGAGAAUAAACUAGCUAUUUACGAUCCUUUUUAUGCCAAACCAAAGAAGACGAAGGAAACUUAUUUGGAGGUUAUUAAAAAGUUCGAAGACCAAGACACUAGGCGGCGAGGUCAUGUCGAGUUUAUUUACGCUGCUUUACGUAGAAUGAAAGAAUUCGGUGUUCAAAAAGAUUUGGAAGUUUAUAAAGCACUAGUUGAUGUUCUGCCAAAAGGGAAAUUUAUUCCUACGAACAUUUUUCAGUCAGAAUUUAUGCAUUACCCUAAACAACAACAAUGUGCUGUUGAUCUAUUGGAUCAAAUGGAGGAUAAUGGAGUAAUGCCAGAUACUGAAAUGGAACAGAUGCUGUUGAAUGUAUUUGGCAGAAGAGGGAUACCAUUGAGGAAAUACUGGAGAAUGAUGUACUGGAUGCCGAAGUUCAAAAACCUUAGCCCGUGGCACUUACCUGAUCAGCUACCUGGUGACACCUUGGAACUGGCAAGACUUGCUAUUCAGAGGAUAACAUCAGUGGAUCCCGAUACAAGAGUAGAUACUUGGCAGACAGAAGAAAUUGAGGCCUCUCUGGAUAAAACAUGGAUAGUCAGUGCACAGAGCAGAACACAACAAGUACUCUUGUCCGAACAACCUUUGGAUGAACCCUUGGUUAUAAAAGGCCCUUUCAAUGUAUAUCUGAGGGAUCAAGUGGUUACAUACUUUAUAUUGCUUGGAAAGAUUCGCCCUGAAUAUAAAGAUGAAUCAGAUACAGAUGAUGUUUCAAAUAUACCAAGGCCACCAGGAAUACCAGGUGUUAUAGGAAAAGUGACACUACCACAAGUCAAAAGCACUACACAUGAACAAGAUGAUGGAACAAUAGUAGCUGUCUGUGCAACAGGAACAUCAUCAAGAGACUCACUAUUAUCUUGGAUAAGAUUACUAGAGAAAAAUAACAAUCCAUUAUUAUCAAGUAUACCAGUUAUAUUUACACUAGUCGCGCCUUCUAGUGAUGUAUCAUUGUUUGAAACUCAGCCUGCUACACAAAAUGAGAAGAACGAGUCAUAGAUUACAGUUAUUUUUUAAUUAGUGGAUAAAUUUAGUAAAUAUCUAACUAAGAUUCUGAUAGAUCACAAAAAUAAUAUUUAUAUACUCAGGGUCACGAUAUCCGCCCACUUUAAUAUACUCGUAUUAAUGUGGGUGGUGACAUAGACACUCGCAACACAUUUGUAUAUAGUGUUAGGACUGAUCGCAGAUUGACCGUACAAGAAAAAAAAAGUGGGCGGAUAAUUGUGGCUUUGAGUAUAUGAUUGACUUUCAGACUGUAGUAAAUAGUAGUAAUCAAUGUUGAAGAUCACAGACAUUCAAUAUUGAUUACUAUUAUGUUCAUCAGUAUCUUUUUAUGUCUUGACAGAAAGAUAGUGAUGAAUUUGAAGUUCACACCUGCAGACUAAAGAACUAGCUGAAGCUGAUGAAUUACUUUGCAAAACUUUAGUUGUGAUUGUUAUGUUGAGGUAAUUAUUAAACAAUGUUUCUGUU